AUGAAGCUCUCGGGCAGCCAACUCGUGCGCGCCCUGCCUCGGCCAGGCCGCCCUCCCUGGCCUCAAGCCCGGAGGAGUCUCCAUCUGGUGCCGCCCUUUCUCCUCGACGACUACAUGCCGCGAUAUCAGACCCUCAGCUCCCGGGGCGCGGCAGAGAAGCGCUCCACGGCCUAUGCCCACCUCCGCAACUGCAACCUGUGCCCGCGCCGGUGUGGCGUGAACCGCUACGAGACGACGGGCCACUGUCUCAUCGGCGACGAGGUCAAGGUCAACGUCAUCGCUCCCCACUUCGGCGAAGGUCACGGUCCUCGGCUGACCAAGUUCCUCUCCGGUCCGCUUGUUCCCUCAUCUCCAGAGCCGUGCAUCCAGGGCCACAACGGUAGCGGCGCCGUCUUCAUGAGCGGGUGCAACCUGCGCUGCGUCUUCUGCCAGAACUUUGACAUUGCCCACCAAAGAAAGGGUUUCGACCUAACGCCCGAGCAGCUCGGUGAGUGGUACAUCAAGCUGCAAGACGUCGGCCACGUCCACAAUAUCAACAUUGUAACGCCCGAGCACGUGGUCCCGCAGGUGGCGCUUAGCAUCCUACACGCUCGCGACCUGGGAUUGCGGCUACCCAUUGUCUACAAUACCUCGAGUUUUGACUCGCUCGAGUCACUGCGUCUCAUGGACGGCCUGGUCGACAUAUAUCUGGCCGACUUCAAGGUGUGGGAGCCAAGCACCUCCAAGAGGCUGCUCAAGGCCGACGACUACGCCGCAACCGCCCGCGAGAGCGUUUGUGCCAUGCAGGCCCAGGUUGGCGACCUGUGCUUCACUGCAGACGGCAUCGCCAAACGUGGAGUCUUGGUCAGGCAUCUCGUCAUGCCGGGCAGAGAGGCCGAAGGGGCCGAAAUAAUGAGGUUUCUGGCCACUGAGGUGUCGACCGACUGCUUUGUGAACAUUAUGGAGCAGUACCACCCGGAUGGUCACGUCGGCAAGAAGAAACGGGCUCACCAGCCGGGCUCAGGACAAGACGACAAGUUCAGAUACGCCGACAUCAAUCGCGCCGCCACCGGAGGGGAAACGUCGUCGAUCCGCAAGGCUGCCACUGACGCCGGACUCUGGAGAUUCAACGAGGCGCCACGCCAUGGCGGCUUUGCCCUUUGA